AUGUUUCAUGUUGAUAAAGUUAACACAAACAAAAACAUACACUCGUGCCGAGGUGGAAAGGUGGAUGAAGCCUUCUUGGAAGAAUUUGCUCAAAAAGACUGUACUGUAAUUGUGGGAGAUCUUGAGUUUAGAAAUCUCUAUGUGACUGAAGAAGCGCUUCUACCUCUGGCUCGUAUUACAAAAAUCCAGAACGGUGCUUUGAUCUUCGAGGACAAUGUUGGCAUCGAAUCCAUGUCAUUUCUCAGUGGACUUGAAGAAAUUGACAACUCUCAUUCAGAAAGUGAGGCUUCACGAUAG